AUGAACAAGCUCAGUCGCCCAGGCCAGCAGAAUUAUUUCAUUAUAGCAAGAUCUGCGACCCAGCAGGACGAUCAGCACAGCUGUGAAGACCCUGAACAAUUUGGCCAGCCACUUUACGAUGUCCCGCUAUUUCAGACAAAGGCCAUUUCAUCGAACCUGACUGCAAAGCCGGACAGUCAAAACACAUAUGAUGUACAACUUCAUUCCCAACCACGUACACAGACGCCUUCUCGAAAUCCGCCCAGACUGCACACUGAACGGCGUCGUCAAAGUCUGAAGAGGAAUCACGUUAGUCGCUCGUGCUUCAGUGAGGAAUCUGUCUCUGAACAGGAGACCGUAUACUCGCGGCAGGCGAAAUCAGAGCCAGCCAAGGCCUCUGGAUCGUGUCGGUCAUGCACGUUUUGCGACGAGACAGAGACUCCUAGGUGGCGUAAGGGACCUGGUGGACGCCGGACCCUCUGCAACGUUUGCGGUUUAAUCUAUGCCAAGAGGCGGUCGAAAGGUAAAUCACCGAUACUUACCGGAGGACAUAGUCGUGGUACCCGUGGCACCGUCUCCGACCUCUUCACGACAAUCAUAACUUGA